UGAUGUAUCUAAAUUUAUCACAAGAUCAUAACCUGUUAUCUUCAAAAUCACAGUUUACGAUGAUUUCAGCUGUACAUGUCAAAUAACCAAAUACUCAAAGCACAAAAUAGGAACUUGAUCAAGCACCGACAGUUCAAAAACAGAGAUGAGAAGUGAAGUUUCAUGCGAGACCAUCUUUAAGCUCCUUUUGUAUUUUUAUUAUAUUUUUGUAAAUGUAACCCCAUUGCUGUUAAUUCAGAUAUCCUACAUCACCCCUUAACAGUGUGUAUAAUAAGGAACCAAAUUGCUGUAUGUAUUUGUGUCAUUUAUCUGUUUUCAUAAAGUUGUACCUUGUAAUAGUUUGGAUAGGAACUGAAUGUGCUUGUUAACAGUUACAGGACACAAUACAAAACAAAGGUGCCAUAACAACAAGUUGGCAAAUCAUGUUUUUCUUUGUGUUUUUUUUCAUAAGUUACCUCAUUUUAAUGAUUCACAAACAAAAGUUAUUUUCUUAUUAACACUGGCAGGAUGAAGAAGAAUAGAUGCUUUGCUUUUUUAAGCUCAGCCGUUGAGGUCUGUUUUUCACAAUUACAGGGUGUUAGAAUGCAUAUUUUUUUAAUGUGCACUAUGACAUGAACAGUUUCGUGCCACAUAAUAACAAUGGACAUCUGCGGAGCGAUGCAUCUCAGGAGUAAGAAGGAAGACGUCAGCCAGUCUAAGGAGCGCACAUCCAAUUUUGAUAUGGUGCAAAUGUAUAAAAGUAUACAGGUCUGAAACCUUAUUACUAUCUACUCAUAAAUCUUAAGUAGAGCAGUUAUGAGGCCUUGUUGGUCAUGUCUUUAAUCCACCUGAGUUUGACAGAAAAGAAGACGACUCUGAUGACUCAGAGUCCAAGAUCCGCCAUGACACAGAUCUCAGAGAUUUCAGCUGUUGUCUUAUUUUGGCCACUGUUGCCAAAUGUAUUAGCUUUUUUAUUGUACAUGGUCUCAUAUUGUAAGAAUACACAACCCCCUAGAGAAAAUGCACACAAGUCAUAGUUUGUCUUCUUGCAUCCAUGUGCAUGUAUGUGUAGAAACGGUUGUUAUAUUUCACUGAUAGUUUGUCUUCACUCAAAUGUCUCUCGGAGUCGAGCCUCAAGACAAACAGGCCAUUCAUGGAAAAGAAGGCAGCUUUGUCAGUCAUGAGCGCUGGGAUUGUUUGAUACAGCCAGAGUCUGUGUAGAUGUGUGUGUUUGUUGUGCGUGUGUGUGAGAAGGGGAUCAUGGGUCUCUGAGAUAGAGAGUGUGUCUUUGAGGAAUGAGUGCUGUGCUUAUAUGAGCAACUGUGAUAGUGUGUUGUGUGUCUGUAAGGAACUUUGACUAAGAGGGUUAAAUGUCUCUUGGUGUGUUUUUGUGAUAACAGUAGGACGGGAGCAAUUUGACAUUUUCCUCAAAAUGGAAGCAUAGCAGCUCAACCACAGAGCUGAAAACAGCUCUGUUACAUCAGGUAAGUACUUUUGUUUCAUCUGUGAAGGAGCUGUAUGUGACUGAUCAUCAUGACAGGAAACAACAAGACUGUGAAAUAGGAGGAAUAACUUCUGAUGGUGGUGAUUCAUCAACAGGCUUAGGUGUGUGAGGACCUCUGAGCUUUCAUGAACAUUGUGGAUGGUGAUCUUCUUACCCUUCCUCUUGGGAGGCUGAUAUCUUCUGUGGUUUAGGGAACUAUCAGGCUAUGUUGCUAAGAAAGCUGUUACUCCCUUCAGAUGAAAACAUAGCCUCUGCUGUCUGUGUGCAAAUCUGCUGAUUUACAGUCUCUCUGAAAGCAGCUUCGCCCACUUGCAUAUCUUGCUGCAAUAGUGCCAACUUCCAUCUCCUUAUCAGUGCUUUAAUCUUGACCAAGAUGUGGAUGGAAUGAGGAAACAUUUACUUUGAUAAUCAAAUAAGUGUUUGUUUGUUUGACAUAAUCACAAAAGAAUUAGAAAUCUGCAGUGAAACGUGCUAAACCCUGUCUGUAAAAGACAGAAAGGAGUUUAAUAUUCAAGGAAAGUGAGACUGGAAAUCUCUCCUACCUUUAAGCCAGAGACCUUGUCUCCUGUAGAACCAAAACAAAGCAGCACAUGCUUAUUGGAAACACUAUCGGGGGUUCAGCCUUUAACAUGUGACAAAACAAAGUUACUGAAAGUUUCAUCUGUGUCUAAGCUGUCCUCUUCUUUAAAUCCCAACCAUGAGUUAUUCAUUAUGUAGUGGAUUUCUUGAAAAAUUAGACUGGACGGUAAGAAUUUAUGUCAAGAAAAUCCUCAGCUGUUCAUGAUGUAAAUGAACGCGUUAGACCAACCCUGUCACAUGUCAAAUAAACACAGUUUUACAAAAUACAAAUCAUAAACUAAACAAUACAAAACAAUGAAAUUGAAUUAGAAUAAGACAUUAUCCAGUGGAAUCCAUUUAAAACACUAUCCAAAUAAAUAGCCUAUGAGGGAGUGUGAUAAAACAGCUGAUCACAUCAUCAGAUUAUGUGCCUGAAUGCUCUCAUUUACUGUGUCCUGUAUUUCAGUAUGUUAUGACUUUACAGAUGAAAAAGUCAGCGGUACGAUUUCAUGUUUUGGAAUAAAGUCAUAGCCUACUUUAACACCGUUGAAGAAUAACUGUCUAAACUGAUCACUUAUGACAUAUAUAGGCUGUCUCACAGCAUUUUUUUUAAUUCACAGCAUGAUGACUUCCAUAUUAAAAUCCUGUUUUUGUUUUGAACAGGCAUAUUUCUCUAACAUUGUAUUUUUUCCAUCCAUGAUGAACUGACUCAGCCUGCUGUGUAGUCUCAGGAUGAACUGGGGUUUUGUUGCCUCUCUCACGGCCUCUCCCUUUAAGACGACACCGUGCUGAAUUCAAGCAUCCUUGGUAUUGUUGCAUCCCUGGUCUCUUUCUCUGCCUCCUGCUCUCCCCUCCCAUCCAUACAUCCGGAUCCGGCUCCUCUCUUUCUCUUUCUCCUCCGGCACCAUGACUAACGACUCUCCGGAGGAGGAGAUCCGGGCUGUGAGCGGCGGAGGGGCUGGAAAGGGACCCGUACGAAGAAACCGAGAGGACGACAAUGUCACCAUCCUAACAUCCUCCAUGGACCUACAACGAGCCGGCCGGGGUCGAGCAAGCAGCAGCAACGAUGCCGCUCCUAGCCUGACAUCCUCGGUGGAUCUGAGCACCUCCUCCCUGGAGCUGAGCAUCCAGACUCGGAUUUUUAAGAUCAUCGUCAUCGGGGACUCUAAUGUCGGAAAGACCUGCCUCACCUUCCGCUUCACAGGAGGAAGCUUCCCCGAAAAGACUGAAGCCACCAUCGGCGUGGAUUUCAGGGAGAAGGCGGUGGAGAUCGAGGGAGAGACCAUCAAGGUAAAAGCUACAGAUGCUGUUUGUCCAUCAUCCGUGCUGUCUCCUCACCCCCUCUCCUCCUCCCCCCUCUACUCCUCUCCUUGUUUUUAUGCAGCUUCAUCUCCAGGUCUGGAUCACACAGGCCCUGUUCUGUCUCAGGGAUAACUGGACUAAGACUAAAGUAGUGAUGUUUUCUGCUAAAGAAAUAUAAAACUGUUUUUGUCCUCAGGAAAGCUGGCAGUGGAGUCUUGUUGAUAAGCCUAAAGCUGUCUGAUGAUUAGCUAAAUGUCAGGUGUCUCCUUCAGUGUUUUGACAUUGUAGGGCCGAGAAAGAAAGGCCAGACAGUGUUUGCAGCUGAUACUUCUGUGGUCUGGCUGUAUUAACAUAUAAAAGAGCUUCGCUGAUUGAAUCCCUCUAAGAAUGACUAUAAAUAGGUGUAGCCUGCCUCAGAAGAGCAUGCGAGACAUCCUGAGUUUGAUCAAAUAAUCAGUAAUAUCAAGUUCAUUGUUGGGCAGGUCUAUUAUUACAUACCACCCAACAAAUGAACUAACUGAAUGAAAAAGUGACCAUCUGGUCAACAUUUCUCACAGCUGAAUAAGAAGACAUGGAAAACAUAGUGGUUCAUCCUGCUGUCUGCUGUUUUUGUGGUAGUAGGCCACAGCAGCAAUCAAAGACUUAGAGACUGUAAAAUUUGAAUCUUCUCCUUUUGCACACAAACAUGCAUGUAUUUUUCUUCAAAUGUUACACUGUGAUGAUAAAUACCACGGCACUGGAGCCUUUGUCCUGUCAUGAUGUAAGCUUUGGCAUUUUUCACUCCCUUGGGAAGGGACAGAGAAAGAGUUGGCAUGUAUACUGACAGUGAGAGCAUAACCAACACUGGCUAUUUGAGGCCUGAUUUUACAGUGAAUAACAGGCCAAACUCUGAAAUGUAUAAACUCCAUAGCAGCGUAGAGUCCCUGACAGCAAUAACAGUCACAGAAACCUGGAUAGAAAAAGAAAUAGAAGAUUUUUAAAGAAUAUUUAUCUGUAGGGACAGUUCAGCUGUAACUCAACAGGGACAUUGACGCUAUUGUCUUUAUCCAGUUUAAAACCAGUUUAGUCAGGAAGAUCAACUGGUCAAUCACUGAGCAUCUGUAUAACCUGAAAAAAUAGGUAACUGUGAAAACAGUAUCUGUCAUUGGUUAAAAAAAAAAAAGGGCAGUAACUUAAACUUAUGGUAAAAUGGACUAGCCUUCAGUUUUACUUUAAACUUAAUAUGUCGUCAGUCUUACUUUUUCCAACUUAGAGACUUAUUCAAUGUUUUUGAGGCUUUAUGUUGAUGUUGGCUUUUGUUAAUUACUAUCAAAAGAGAUCCUCCUGCAGAGCAGAGCUCUCCUGUGGCCUGGCAUAUCGUUGAUAUCUUGUUUUGGUACUGUCAUCACAACCAAAUCUUUAUCUUCAGCUCAGUAGACUACAACCUUUCUCUGUUUGGAAUCUGAAUAUUAAACAUUGUUGCACAAAAUCAGUUUUAUUAGUAUACAAUCAAUUCUUUUCUUUACCAUUUUUACAGGUGCAGGUUUGGGACACAGCUGGCCAGGAGCGCUUUCGUAAGUCCAUGGUAGAGCAUUACUAUCGUAACGUCCAUGCAGUGGUCUUUGUGUAUGACGUCACCAAGAUGGCUUCCUUCCGAAACUUACAGACAUGGAUUGAGGUUGGUAACUAGCACAGUACUCUAGUACAGAGUAUUUUACUUGUUGUAAAACAGACUGAAAUCAAUACUGAUGUCUCCCAUGGCCUGCUAAAGCAAAAAAGCCCCUUACUUUUAUGUUAUUAUUAAUGUCAAAAACCACAGAUAGGUCAGAUUUUAGAGGACUUCAGCACACUGCUAAAAUUGCCUUUUUCCUGUUGUUUUUAUGCCUGAGAUUCCCCUUCAGUAGUGGUUUUGAUAAAAGACAACAGGAUGAGAUGUAGGCCUGUAUGUACAGACCAUAGACUGUAUGGACAACUUGGUUCCGCCUACCGCCUGUAUACGGAUUUAAAGCCAAAUAGCUCUCGGUAUUUCCAGGAUUUUUUCUUCAUUUCCUGAAACCAGCGUUGUGCAGUAGCAAUACGUGCAUUCCGGUGUGCAGUCGCUGAAAGUCACUGUGAUGACGCUCGGCUCAAACAGCGUAUCCCCCGGGAGAGCUACGCAAUCCCUGAACACCCAUAGGCUGUAUCAGGUGUCAAUCAUAGAAAACUUGAACCCACUAAUAACUUUUAAAAACGGAGCUUCACAGAAAAAAGAGGACUUGAGCACAAACCAGUGUUACAGUAACUACAUGUCAACAUCACAAGCAGGGGGGAGAAAAGUUUAUAUUCUGUGUAAUAAAUUCCUAAAGUUUGUCCACAGUCCCAUAAGCUUUGCUGGCGGAGGCGGGAUUUAUGACCUUUACUGCAGCCCAUCAACAGAGGGUGCUGUUCUCGGGGUGUCUUCACCCAGAGAGGAGGCAGACUCUGUCCAUUCUUUAUACAGUCUAUGGUACAGACCAAAUAAGCAGAGGGACAGCGGUUUGUCCACAGUACUCAUCAAAAUCAACUCAAAGGAGUUUUGAUGACCUUACCACAAAUCUAUAAAGCAUGUUAUAAACUGAAGAGCACAUCCACUGGCUGAACUUCUGAAUUUCUUACAUGUCUCCACUUCUGUGUACUCGCUCUGACUGAACUCAAAGACCGUUCAUUGGCAGAGGGUUUUAAAAAAGUGACAUUUUCAUCAUAGCUUUUCAUAUCGAUUUGCAUUCCUAAAUGCUGAGGUUACUAUCGUUUUACCUCUGCUGUGAGCGUGGUAACAAAGUCAUGAAUCAAAAUGUUUGACUCCAAGUGGUUUCUGUGGUCGUAUAUGUAGAAAACAGCUUUUCAAGGAGAGCGUACUAACAGCUGCUUCUAUUACAACCCCCUUUAUUUCCACCAUUAUGUCCUCUGGUAUUGUAACAUGUAUAACAGUCAGUAUCAAGUUAGACAGUAAAGUUUUUUGUCUUGUUUAGACUGUUUCCAUAGCUGUUGUUAUAGUACUUUUCCAUGGCAUACACUUUUGUAUGCUCUAUCCAUGAAAACAUGGAUGUAGUUAUUUAUAUUAAUGUAAAGCCACAUUUUCUGUAAAUACUAUAGAUAGAUAAUUCACCUCAGGCUUCUAAGCCUGAAGGUUAUAACCUGUUCUUUGCUGAUCCAAGCUUUUCCUGCAGUGAGUCGAAACAGCUGAUGUAAAAGAAUUUGUAAUAGUAACAGUUUAGCUACUGUCUGCAUUACCGUCCAUAUUAGCAGGUCAAUUACCACUGCUGGUAAAAUAUAGGAAGUACAUACUGUAAGGCAUUGGAGACAAAACUCAAAAUGUACAGUUAACUCUGUGUUAGUUGUUUUUUGUGUGUGUUGUGGUUUUCAGUUUUAACUUUCUUUCACUGCUCUGGAAGGGGAUGGGAGGGCACUGAUGGGUCGAGAAAAAAAAAAAGAAAAAAAGAAAAGAGUCAAACUCACUUAAACCCUCUAAGAACUGAAGAUCAUUAUGUCUUUAAAACCAGCUCAGAUUUUGACCAGUCUGAAGGUCCCGUACAGCUCCCGUCAGUGAGACUUUCACUGAGUCAUGGAGUUGUUGGGAUUACAGGUUCGAUAGCUAUGACCCAAAAAAUGGACUAAAAAAUAGGAGUGCUGCAUGGAAGUUUCUCUCCCAGGUUACCUCUCUUCUAUUUGUCUGCUUGUAAAUGUCAUAUUGUAUGCUUUUGUACAAUGACAAUAAAGAAACUAACUAAAAUACUGAUCAGCAUGUGGCCAUAUGUGAGAAUAUAUACUUUUAAUUCUGUUGUGUUCCAGGAGUGCAAUGGCCAUCGAGUCUCAGCAUCGGUACCACGAGUCCUAGUGGGAAACAAAUGUGACCUUGUGGACCAAAUACAAGUGAGUGUACUCAAUCAAGAACCAAAGCAUUGAUUACUUAUGUUUCAAUCCCUUCCUGUAUUAAUUAGUUUGCAAAAUAAAAUUGUGCUUUCCCAGGUACCCUCCAACAUGGCACUGAAGUUCGCUGAUUCUCACAACAUGCUGCUCUUUGAAACGUCAGCAAAGGACCCAAAGGAGAGUCAGAAUGUUGACUCUAUCUUCAUGUCUCUGGCGUGCCGCCUAAAAUCCCAGAAAUCCUUGCUUUACAGAGACGUACAGAGAGAGGAUGGGAAAGUCCAACUCACACAAGAGACUGAGACAAAGAGUAAUUGUCCCUGUUGAGGAAAAUGAGAAGUGUGAGCAUAAUGAAGGGAAAAGGAAAGGAGAAGAGACACUGUGCAUGACAUGGUUAAAGGCGAGAGUGUAAACCCAAACAAUGAGCCCAAAACAGAGUCUUUUACACUAGGGGUCGUUUUAUUGGUUUAGGAGAGGGAUUAGAGGUGAACCUGACUUUAGAAGUUAAUCAAAGAAGUUGGUGAUGUUUGUCAAAGAGACUGUUAACCAUCAAUAUUCUUGUCUUUAAGUACAGAGCAAUUUCAAAGGUUGCGGAGGCGUUAACUCCCUACAAGUGACACUGCUGAUCCACAGCUCCAAAACACCGUGGUCUUCUCUGUCCACAGUAUGAAUCAAAAGUGUUUUUUUAAAGUACACAGGAACAUGAUAAAAUACAAUUCUGGUCUGCACAGACUCAAUGCAAACACCCGAACACAGUUUAGGUUUGAAUGAUUCAAGGACACACAGCAACUAGUCUUCUCUUUGUUUACUCCUGCUAAAACUGGUACCACUUUAUUUGAAGGAGUAUACAUAAGACAGACAUUACACUGUCACAAUAAUGUCAUGACACCUGUCAUUAACAUGAAUAAGGAUUAUAAAGGUUGUCAUUUAGUGUUAUUCAGUAAAUUAUGACACCUUUGGUGCUAUGUUAAUGACAAUGCCUUCCCAAACAAUGUCAUUGUAGCACCAAAGGUGUCAUAAUUUAACAGCGUAAUGUCAGUGUUGUAUAUACCCCUUCAAAUAAAGUGUUACCCUAAAACUCCAGUUUAGUGUUUAUCACAGUAAGAGGUGACAGGAUUGAGACCUCAGCCUUACAGAGCUGCCCAUGUGUUUGUGGAAAGAAGUCAGUCUGGCAAAACUAGAAUAUUAUUACCAUUUCAGAUUAUCAUAUUUCAUACAACCAAACAAGUUGAAAGCAAUUGGAAAAUGGGAGUAUUUGACAGGAUGACUGGGACUAAAUGCUGUUUUCUAGCAAGACCAAUCCUUCACCAGUUUCUAUUAAAUCACAGUGAGAAAAGGAUAAAAUGCUCAUGUAAGAAAGUCCAGACAAACCCAAAUGACCAUUGUAAGAAGACUUCCAGAAAGGAGUUGCUAAAAUAUCGACGACAUCAUGACAUUUUAAGGAUUUGUAGGCUCGGGGAAAUGCUCUCUCCCAAAAGAUAGAACUGUAAUGGCGGAGGACCUUUUUUCAGCUGGCCCUAAAGCCAACAGAUGCCUCUUAUGCAUUUUAUUUAUUUGGAGGAGUAGCUUGUGAAACUUCCCUUUAGUAGGGAAACACCAGAAGAUUUCAUGAUGUAAUUUCAGACUCUCACAUUACCUUUUAAAUUUAUAGCUGUUUGACUUGAAAAAAUGUGCUCUGUCACAUAAAUAUCACUGCCCCCGGUCUCAGAGAGGACAGGGAAGACUAUACAGAAUCUUACAGCUGUGUGCCUGGAUGAAUUUGUACUGUUACACAGCCUGGGGUAUGAGCUGGAGGGAGACAUGUUUGAAUGGAAGGAGUUCAACAGUAUGAAGGACAUGAUGGACACAGGCUCAAAGAAAUGUAUAAAGCCAUGUUUAUUAUUUACAAUAAAGGAAGUGAUGUUAGUCCUGCGUUCAAACAGCUUCUUGCUGGAUUUAGGGUCGGGGCUCUUGAUCUUAGGUAACAUUGCAUCAAUCAACAAGUAUUACUGUGAUGUUGUCCUUUUGAUGCACACACACGCGCGUGCGCACACACACACACACACAUACACACACUUUAUGCCUCUGCAUUUGAAUGUGGUGGCCUUGAUUUAAACAUUGUUACAUUUGGAUCUAUGAAUGUUUUGUUUAGUGGGCUUCUGCAGCCAUGUUUCUGUUGAUGAACUACCCAGUUUGCCCAGUUAAACUCCUGUCCCUGUCCAGUUCCAGUGCUACACAAAGGAUUUUAGUUUUGAAACAAACAUGAAAUCGAAUACAUCCCAGUGCUUUGCCAUACUAACAAGUUACAUAGCUCACUAGCUCUAAGUGGCCAACCCAACCCAAAAAGCGUUGACACCUUUCAAGGACCCAGUUUUCAUAUGCCUACACUGCUGACCUGACCUGUUGUAUCUCUUGGGCCCCUUGGUGGUCCCCAAUACCCAACUGAAGAACUAAAUGGGCAGUGAGAGGCUAGGCUACACAUGAACAUGAUCGGGCCUGUGUCAUGUAUGUAGGUCAUCUGGGCAGCUUUCAUAUUGUGGGGACCAAAUCAGAACCUGAAUCAAAUGCAUGUGUAUUAGCGUUUUCUUUUAACCCUCCAUUUAAAUAAGGGCUAUUCAAGUAUUCAGAAUCACAUAGUAGAUAGGGAAAAGCCUUUUUUUGUGCCAGAGGGAAAUAUUUGACUCACACAGAAGCUGAAACUAUCUGUUUGGUCUCGAUGUUGUACUGACCUAAAGCCAAGCCUGAGUCCUUGGCCUUGGUGUUCCUCCAUGCUAACAGUCUGAUGACCCUCAGCUCAUUCCCUUCACCUGAACACUGUGCAGGAAAUCUACUGAGCUUGAAUCUGUUUGUGUGAUAUUUAUUUUGAUCUCAUAGCGCCCUCUGUGAUUUUAUAUUUUGGCAGCAAAAUUAAUCAAUGUAUACAGAUAAAUAACAUUAAAUCAAUGUAAAACACCAGCCCACUAUGAUGACAUUUGAUUUGGAUGCGAGUUUUACCUUGUCAUUAACAUGUAUUAGUCAGCUUGAAAUCAUGACCCAUUCCUGUUUCAUCAGAUCAUACAAUUAAUGCUAAUGUACAACGUGUGUGCUUUGCUUGCUUUCUACUGUUUUAUUUAUAUCUUAGUUUUUCUUUAUUUUUUUUGCAGUCUAUUUGGCUAUGUUCACACUGCAGGUUAUGAUGCACAAUUCAGAUUUUUUGUUAAAUCCGAUCUUUUUGUGCAGUCGUUGACAUUACAACAACGAAUGCGGCAUCUAAUGUGAACAGAAUGCGUCCGUGAAGUGACCCGCAUGCGCACAAAGCACAAAUUGCUUUCCGUGCCUGUUUGUGUUGUCCAACCAUGGUGACGUUUGUCGCAUAUUGAUGAUGUACAGGUCGGAUGAACGCGACCUGAGCGUCCACACUGCAGUUACAAUGGAUACAUAUCCAAUUUAUAUCCACAUACAAAAGAGGCCUGGGUCAGAUUUGAAAAAAUCUGAAUUGCACUGUUCACACUUACAUGAAAAAAUCAGAUAUGUGUCACAUAUGGUUAAAAAAUUUGAAUUGACCUGCAGUGUGAACACAGCCCUAGUGUCUUUUUGAUAUGCCAUGUUUGCUGUAAAAGGAUUUUCAAAAAAAACUUUUGUUCUGGGGCUUUUCAUGGCCCUCAUUUUCCAGAAUAAGACAGUGGGUAGAUCAGGACAUGGGAAGUGAUAAACCAGUAAAGGAACCAGUGGUUGGAAGCAGAUCAGGGCCUCCUGCAUAUGGGGGGCACACUGAGACUGCUUUAGGCAAGUGAUGCCCCAGAGAAAUGCCUUAUUCAUUUGAAAUUUAGUCAGGAAUCUGUGCUGGUGCCUAAAAACUCUCAACAUGUCAUCAAUACAUUGGACCUGUGCAUAUUAGGACAGAGCAGUAGCACUACCAUGUAAUAAGUAAAGUUAAAAAACAGAGUACGCAAAAAACUCUAUGAAACUACAAUAGACAGACACGUGAAUAGAUGACUUCAUGAAUGAUCUUUGACUGAGAGACACGAGUGUGCACAAAGUUCUAUCGUGAUCAUUGUCUGAAUAAGGUCGCAGUUUGAAUUCAAAGUUCCCUUCAGUUUUCAUUUUUUUCUUGUCCCUUCACAGCUGUUUCCAGAGUCUCUGAAAAGUGUAUAACUUUAAUUCCAAUACACAAUCUGUUGCAACUUGUGAACUCAUUUUUGUCGAUCACUUGAUCAACUCUUAAUUAAAUGCCUUUCACACCAUUGAGGUUGAUAUGGCACCACAAGUGUCAGAGGUGGAUUUUUCAGGAUGGUGGAUUCCUGUUGACUAAUUUUUAUUUUUAAAAAGCAGUAUACUAAAUCUAGUCACAACUACAAGUUCAAAUUCCAAACAGAGUAAUAAACGUAUUCUUUAACCAGACAUACCAUUGUGAACUGUGUUGUCACCAUUUUAUUCUAAGAUCUAGGGUGACAGUUUUAGCUGAGUAUACUGUUAUAGAUGGACUGAAAUUUGGUGGUCAUAGUUUUGCUCAGAACCAUCUUUGCGGUAUGCAUCUAAAUGAUUAUGUUGUACUGGUUAAGCCCCAUCCAAAACAUCUCAUAUGCCAGAGUUGGUGCUUUUAUCUGUUUUCAGUGACUUUUGUACCCUCCAUUUCAUCUGGUUCCUCCUUCACAUCUGAAUUCAUCGUUAAGUCUGUCUGUCCAUCCCUGUCCCUGUC